CUACCACAUUGAUGAUAGCAAAAGUGAAGGAUUUGGAGAGGUGGGCAGUGUUUUCAGAAAUGCAAUUCCAAUGCCAAGGAUGAAUCAAUCAUGAUGUUUAGAUAACAGAAAUGGUGCAAAUCGACAGAGGAAGAAGGCAGCUAAGAACAACAGAAUAUAGAACUUGGAACCGGGAUCGAUUUCCUUUGAAGAUUCAGACAAAAAGUGGCAAUGGACAACUACAAUCUGCAGUGAAUCUGGUGAACGAUUUGAUGUCAACGGUGUCGUCGGGGAUGGGAUUCUGCGACGAGGGGGAUUGGCCACCAGGGUUUCGGUUUCACCCGACGGAUGAGGAGCUGGUUUUGUAUUACUUGAAGUUCAAGAUCUGUAGACGCAAGCUAAAGCUGGAUAUCAUCCGCGAUACCGAUGUCUACAAGUGGGAACCCGAGGAAUUGCCUGGUCAAUCUAAGUUAAAAACUGGUGAUAGACAAUGGUUCUUUUUCAGUCCUAGGGAACGAAGAUAUCCAAACGCAACAAGAUUGAGUAGAGCUACCAGAAGUGGCUACUGGAAAGCAACUGGAAAGGAUCGAAUAAUAAGGUGCAAUUCACGUAAUGUUGGAGUGAAGAAGACCCUAGUAUUCUAUGAAGGCCGUGCUCCCAAUGGUGACCGCACUGACUGGGUCAUGCAUGAGUAUACCUUGGAUGAAGAUGAACUCAAGAGGUGUAAGAAUGUUAAGGAUUACUAUGCGCUCUACAAACUUUAUAAGAAAAGUGGACCGGGCCCUAAAAACGGUGAGCAAUAUGGGGCACCAUUUAGAGAGGAAGAUUGGGCUGAUGACCUAUGCCAAGGUUUUAAUGUCUCUGAUGUUCAGGAACCACAAGUUAAUAUAACAGAUGAGGUUACUUCUGUAGCUCAUCAAAAAGAGAAUGGUCAAGCUCUGCUUUCGUCAGAUGAUAUCGAGGAGUUCAUGAAACAAAUUGCAAAUGAUCCUGUGCUAGAGUUGCCGUCCGUCAAUGAUUAUUGUCAAUUUGACUCUGAUCUGCAGGUUGAUGAGGAAGAAGAAACUGUAAGUACUAUGAUCAAUGUAUACUCUCGGGAUUGCGUAGCUCCUGAAGCAGAUAAAUUUCACUUAAGUGGCCGGCCAAGUGAUUUGCAUGGAAACUUCGAGUUUACCCAGUCAGGUAUCUCUCAACUGCAAUCAUUUGAGGGCGAGGUAUCAUCAGCUCCCAGAUAUUCUGGGGCCUCCAAUAUACUACAAGAAGAAGAUUUCUUGGAGAUUGACGAUCUCAUUGAUCCCGAACCAACUUCUAUGUCAAACAACCACCCCUUGGAAAAUGUGCCACCUUCACAGUUGGAUGGAUUGAGUGAGUUAGACCUGUUCCAUGAUGCAGAUAUGUUUCUUCGUGACUUGGGACCCAUCAUCCCAGAAACCGUUUUGGACCCAUAUUUAAAUGCUGAUGAUAUCACUUUGGUGAACAAUUUAAAUGGUCAUUUGCAAUCUGGUCCCUAUGUCGAAAAUCAGAUGGAGAAUCUGUUCUGGAAGAACAAUGAGACAGAAAAUGCCUUUGGCUUUCCAGAAUUGCGUCAACAGUUUGAUACUGAACCAACUUUAGGUGUGGGAUGUGAAUCUGUAAGUUCUGCAGCAGCAGCCGCAGGAACUAGCGAAAACCAAAGAGCAAACGAAGGAGGCAGUUCUGCAAGUUGGUUCUCUUCCAAUUUGUGGGCCUUCGUGGAGUCAAUACCGACCACUCCCGCAUCAGCUUCAGAGAAUGUCAACCGUGCUUUCGAGCGCAUGUCUAGUUUUAGCAGAUUAAGACUAAAUACCCUAAACACCAAUGUCGCCGUACGUAAUCCAGGUACGGGCGCAAGGCGAACGGGCAUGAACAAGGGAUUCUUUUUCUUUUCGAUUCUUGGAGUACUGUGUGCUAUUUUAUGGGUGUUGAUAGGAAAUGUUAGAUUGUGGGGAAGAUGCAUUGCCUCAUGAACUAUUUCACGAAAGUUUCUGCCAACUUCUUUUAUACCUUUAUUAUAUGCAUAUCUUGUAGUUCCAAUAUUCAUGGAAGCUUCGACUUCUUGGAAUCUGUAUAUUGGAUGCAAAGUAAUCCAGCCAUGGCUGCUGAUAGAUGAGAGUUAUAAAUCUAGUAAAUUAUAGUAACGAGUUUGGAUCUUA